AUGGCUCUCUGCAAGCGCAUGGUUAAAUUGGUUACGGAUUCUGGUAUUUGUUUCACCAACUUUGACUUGAGUUGCUCUAGCAAGAUUGAUUACAGAAACAUGUCACAACUCCUUAAAUCUAAUGGAAAUCGUGCCUUUCUUGUUGAUACAUUGCAACUGGUUAGGGGCUUAGAAGCUACAGGCUUGCCAUCGAAACAAGCUGAGGCACUAACGGCUGCAAUUACUGAAGUUUUAAACGACAGUUUCGAGAAUCUGGCUCACUCUGUCGUUUCUAAGGCAGAAAUGCUAAAAACUGAGAUGGCUCAAGAAUCAAAUCUCUCAAAGUUUAAAUCUGAAGUGCAAAGUUUGCAGGAACAUCAUUUUUCUUUGGUCCAACGUGAUUCUGAGAAGCAUCGAAGCGACAUAGAGAAAAUGCGCAGUGAACUUAGGUAUGAGAUCGAUAAGGUCACUGCUGGGGUGCGCUUGGAUUUGAAUCUUGAAAAAGGGCGUAUAAGAGAUGAGCUUGCCAACCAGAAAGCAGAAACCACUAACCUUACAAAUAAGCUAGACAGGGAAUUUCAUGCUUUAAGAGCCCAGGUGGAAGCAGCUAAAUAUGAUGUGAUCAAGUACUGUAUAGGCACCCUGGCCUCAAUAUCUGCAGUUGGGCUUGCAAUUGUCCGUAUCUUGAUGUAGAGUUACAUUCGGUGAGGCAAUUUUCCGCAGAAACACUCAUUUUUAUUCUUUUCUUGCAACUUACUGAAUAAAUAGACUGUCGGAUACAUUCGGUGAGGCGAUUUUCCGCAGAAACACUCAUUUUUAUUCUUUUC